UGAAACUUGGGGUGCCACUUUAUAGGGCCCAGAAUCCUAGAGUCAGCAGGAAGACUUUUGUGGGAGUGCAAGGCUUUGCUAUACCCCAAAGCAUUCUUGGAAUCUUUGUUGGGCGUUAAUGAAUUUGGAGGCCUAUAGCUUCCCCAGUCUCUACCCUGGAAUCUCCAGUGACGUUCUUGGGAGUGGAAAGUGCCCCCUCAGACCCUAAGAGGAGGGAACUGAACCUGACUGAAAAUUGGGAGUCUUUGCAGAACUACCAGGGACACCAAACAGGCCCCCUUCCCUGAAGCUGGAACAGAACCUGGCAUCUGGGGAGUCCAACCUUCUGCCUGAGGGGCAGAGGAACACUUGGCGGAGAUCCUUUAGAAGUCUGGGGGGUUCCCCUUGCCCAUCACCCAAACUAUGUUUCGACGUCUUGGUGGCUGGCUGCCCCGUUCCUGGGGCCGCCGAAAAGAUCCCUUGCCUGAGCCUGGCCCCGUAAGGGAGGAUAGCUCUCUUGAGAACUCAGGAAGCAACUGGGACAGUGCUCCAGAGACCAUGGGAGAUCAAGGCCAGCCUAAGACUGGGUUCUCCAGGAGACAAAUGGGUAGGGGGACUCCUCCUGAAUGGAGCAGGGACUCUCCCAACUAUGGAGAUGCUGAGCGACUCGGGGACAGAAGGAACUCCCCCAAACUGAGCAUGGCUGUGCCCAGCUUUGAGGAGUCCAGGAAACUGGAGGCUAGGGGAGUGAUCCCCACAGUGGGAGGCAACCCCCCAAACUCAGAAGACUCUAUGGGACAAGGGGUACCUCUUAAAUGGGGAACAGACCCCUCCAACCCUGAGGCUCCUGUGGAGAAAAUAGGGCAUCACCAGAGGCUACUGGGCUGGCUUCAGGGGGAAACAAAUAGAGGGUUGGGGGCCCACCCACAGUUCUUGGGGGGCUCCGAGGAGUGGCUUCAGAUCUCCACCAACCUGACCCUGCACCUGUUGGAACUGUUGGCUUCAGCCCUGCUGGGUCUAUGUUCCAAGCCCCUGCGCCUGGUCCUAGAUGCCUUAGGUCUUCGGGGGCCUUUGGGGCUCUGGCUGCAUGGGCUUCUCUCCUUCCUUGUUACCCUCCAUGGACUUCACGUGGCCCUUACCCUGCUCACUGCACACCCCUUCCACUUUGCCUGCCUCUUUGGCCUUCUGCAGGCCCUGGUCCUGGCUGUCAGCCUCCGUGAGGGCACCCAGGUAUCAGGGGAAUACAAAUCAGAGGGGGGGAAAGGAAGAGAUAGGGAGGAAGAAGAUGAGACUAAAGGAAGGGAGGGCCUCUGACUGUGUUGUUGGGGCACUGCCUUAUGGAUGAGGAACACAUGGGCUUCAGGGAAGGGAGAGCGAUCCCCAGGGUAGGGAAGGUGGCCCAUAGAGACCCCCUUCCCCCUGCAACAGGGCUGGGGCACUUAAAGUAGGGAGAAUUACCCUCUAAUUCACCAGCUAUUGUCACUUUUUUUUUCUUUAGUGUUAUUCCUCUAUCCCCCAAUUAAAACAUUCAAAAGGAACUUCCCCCCCCCCCCCCAUCCCUUGUAAUUUUCCAAGGGGAUAAGGAUGCUAGUAACAGGACACUCCUCGUCCAGGGAGAGGGAGGGGAAGCAGGGGGAAUCUAUCGGAUACUAGGAUCUGAGCCAUAAAUGGAUAAAGGGGAGGGGUGUCAGCUAUAAAGCUGAUGGUUCAGAGAGGUGAGAGCUGAGAUGUGCUUGGAACUGGAGAUCCAGUUAGUAUUCAAAGGAGAAUCACACUGCUCUGGGAAACCCAGCAGAAAUCCUUGAGAUGUCAUAGCAAAGGCCUAGGGAAACACCUAUGCCCACCUGGAGUGUUUGGAGGCUUGAUCACUGAGCAGUCACUUUUGCACUGAUCUCCUAAAUAUACCACUACAAAAGGGAA